GUGAACGGAAGUUUCCUCGCUGCUCUGUCCAUCUAUCUAUCCCACAGAAGAAAAUACUGCCCCGUCCUACAUAGUCACCGCCAGGCAUGCGAACACAAUCACAGCCAAGCACCGCAAGCGCGAGAAUCUCCAUCAUGGCGACAGCAGAGGCCAAGAGUCGUUAUAACGUCAGCAUUACGACCAAAGAAAUUAUCUUUCGAGAAGAGGUCGGCUCUUCACCAUGGACCGCAGAUUCGUGGAAAUCCAAGGUCGCUGCGCAGGCAGUUCAAUAUGCCGACAUUGACGGCUUGCGACAGACCUGUUCCUUGUUGAGGGAACUGCCUCCGCUUGUCGGCGACUGGGAGGUUGAUCAACUCCGUGAGCGGCUGUACCACGCUGCUUUGGGCUCAGGUUUCAUCAUACAAGGUGGUGACUGCGCCGAGAGCUUCGCCGAUGUCAAGUGGGACACUGUGAAGCGAAAAGUCGAUCUCCUCUACACCCAAAGCCGAAUUCUCGAGGAAUCUCUGCAGGUUCCUACCACCGCCAUCGGACGGAUUGCCGGCCAAUUCGCCAAACCGCGGUCCAAUCUGCUCGAGACGCUCCCGACUGGUGAAGUGGUGCACGCAUUUAGGGGCCACAACGUCAACUCAGAAGACCCGUCAGAGCGCGAACCAGACCACCGACGUCUGCUUCUGGGGUACAUGUACUCGGCGGCAGCGCAGAGCAUGCUCAGAAGGAUGCCCUUGCCCCUCACUUCGCAUGCAUCCGACGGGAAGCAGGUCGAGUUCAGCCUGUUCACGUCUCACGAGGCUUUGAAUUUGCCUUACGAGGCGUCUCUCACGCACAACCGCUACAAUCUCUCGGCCUCGACGAUAUGGCUUGGUGAGCGCACACGACAGCUCGACGGUGCGCACGUCGAGUAUGCUCGGGGCUUGCGAAACCCGGUCGGGGUCAAGAUCGGCCCGAACGCGACCCCGGAAGACGUCGUUGCUCUUCUCAAUGUCUUGGCCGAUCGAGCGGCCGUGGGGAAGGUCACUUUGAUUACUCGGAUCGGCCGCGGCCGCGCGCCUACAGUCCUGCCGCCCAUCAUCGACGCUGUCAGGCGGAGUGGGCACAUUCCUCUCUGGAUGAGCGACCCCUGCCACGGAAAUACCUUCUCCACGCCAUCCGGUAUCAAAACUCGCCGGGUGCAGGAUAUGCUCGCCGAGUUGCAGGAAACGUACACGGUUCAUCAGGCUUGUGGAAGCUUCCUUGGAGGGGUUCACAUCGAACAGACCGGUGACAACGUCACCGAGUGUCUCGAUGAGACUGUCAUGGGCGACAACGAUGAGUAUUUUGGCAGACGGUACCAGUCUCUCUGCGAUCCAAGGCUCUCACGAGAUCAGGCCAUUUGGUUGAUAGAACAGUUUUCGAGUUUUGUGAGGGCGGCGAGACGCUGA